UCACUGUACACGCCCUAAUACAGCAUCGCCCCGGCGGCCUCGAGGGAGAGAGUGUGGGCCGCGGUUCCCGAAGCGAGCCCCCAGCGGCGACACCGCCGGAGAAGACGCCGGCCUCGCACAAGCCAGCCACCCGCAUCGUCCUCGUCUCCGACGCCGGCAUCAUCUACCAAGAGAAUUUGCCACAAUGCAGAGCCCUAGCAAACUGUUUCUCGCCUCUGUCUCCACACAGCCUGCUGUGUUUGGGCCCCAAGGUUGGGCAGACCUCCCUGACGGCCCGCUUCACUCAAUUCUUGGUCUGUCCGGAUCCUUUCGUGACCUUCUUGCCUUCGCUGCCACCUGCCGCUCUUGGCGUGCUGCAUUUUCCUCAUACCCAACCAAGUCUACCUUCUGUGCCAAAUUCCCACCUCUCCUCGUCCAAUUGAAUACACAUGUUGAAGAUCCCGGUCUCCCUUCUAAUAUUGGUCGUCACAAGCUCCGAACAUGUAAGGUCAUUGAUCCAAUCAACCAGAACAUUGGCCUUCGCUGCCAGAUUCCCCAAAAAAUUUAUGAGAAGAUGCAUUUUGCUGGGUCUUCCUAUGGUCAACUAAUAUGCUUCCGCGGUGGACAUUGCCUUGUUGUUGAUGUGUUCAGUGGUGCUGAGGUCUCACCUCCACAUCUCCCAUUCAGCGGCAAUUGUGAGAAAGAGUUUUACUUCAGCGGGAUUCUGACAGCUCCCCUUACAUCACCCAAUUCACACCUCCUUGUCAGCACUGAAUCCUCCCUGUUUGAUUGGCCUGUUGGAAGCGACUCUUGGUCUGAACUCAAGCUUUCUGAUGCGUGGAUAGAACAGAUUGUGGAAUUCAAUGGUCAGUUCAUAGCCAUGGAUGAUAGCUACAAGAUCUACACAUUGCAGCUGUCCCCCCAGCUUGGCCUGCAGGAGAUAUCAACCGAGUGGAUCGACGACCUGAGGCCAAGCCCGUAUAUUGAUCCAUGGCUGGUUGCCUGUGGUGACAUGCUUCUCAUGGUUUUCUGUUUUACCACAAUGUGUCCAGGCUGGUGGGUGCUGCAAUGUAUACCCCACCGCCUUGACACGUCGACAAACCCUGCAAAAUGGGUGGAGGUGACGCAGCUGGACAACUGGGCACUCUUUGUUGGGCGUGACGUGAGGAGCCAGCCAUUUUCUUGCAUGAGAGCCGAACAAUGGGGAGGGAGGAGCAGGUGGCUGUACUACGCGGCACGCCACUCUUUUACUGUGCACGGUGUGGGCCUCGAGCGGGAUCCAUCUGCCGGUCCUAAGUCAGUGUACAAAAGAAGCCGGUCCCGCAAGAUGCGGCCACUCUGGGUGUACCCAAGCAUGUUCUACUCUGAUGUCCAGUGAUUCCGGCGCAGCUACAGCUUGCUGCUCUGCAAGCUUCCUGAUGGAAAUGGUACUGGAGCUUUUGCAGUUAUUUUGGUAACCCAGUAUCUAGAACUCUGCCAUUAGUGCUCAGAGCUUGUUAGAACUAAGGAGCAGUCAAGCUUCUUACUAGUUGGUGUUUAUAUAGCUGUGUUGUCAAAACUUGCACUGGAUGGAUGUGUAAUACUUUUAAGUCUUAACUACUUGUUGCUA